AUGGUCUCCCAACAAAAGCACAGAACUGGCCCACGCGGCGGCAGCAGGAUACCCGUCAGUGAAGUAUCGGACUCGGAGGACGACAGCGAUGAAGACGUGGCUGCACCAGCCAACACAACGAUGAGUCCCAAAAAGACAGACCUCAUCAGAAGCCGAGCACAAGAAUCAAAUCUUCCUAAUUACAAACUGAGACAUCCUGAGGGAUCAGUACUGGCACAAUUGCCAAAUCGAAUAUCGAAGCCAUUCAGUUCUUCGCAAGGGUCACCUCGCUCGAAGCGCUAUCCCACCGACACACCAAGCGGUGACCGAUUAGAAUCUGAAACUUCUGUUUCGAAGGGCGACAACGAUCCUAAUAGGGAUAAUGAAUCCGAUGUCGAGGACGAUUCGGAGAAGGAGGGUGAUUCUGACAGCCACGAAGAGUCUAGGGGAUCCAAAGAAUUGGCCAAAUCGCAAGCCAAGGCUGCUGCGUUCCAGGCCCCUUUGAGGGAACUGAAUCCGUCAGUCUGGCGUCGGGAGCUAGAGUCGAGGUCCACCCGUCCUGUUACACCUUCAUCUGCCCACUGUUCCCAGUCAUCGCAAGGCUCCGAUGGCUUUUCGAAGCAACGAUCAUCUCAAUAUCCGUGUGCUUCACAGCCAGUUGCGUCAGAGAGCGGAGCCAGUUCGAAAUCCGACGACAACGUUCAACCAGUCGAGACUCUUGCUAGGAGGAAGAGACGGCUCUCAGCGUCCCCUGCUCAAGACUCAAAGCCAAGCCCUCGCAGGUUCAAAUACAGACCAGUGGAAUCACCACCUAAGGAGACGGCAUUCGCGUCUCUGUUUCGACAAUCCCAAUCCUCACAAUCCUCCCAGCCAUCACAGGAGACUAGAAAGCGGCCUUCCAAACCAGUAUCCACCACUGGAUGCGUAUACGUCCUCCACGAUGACGAUACCGGCCACGUCAAGAUUGGCAUAUCGAGAUCCGCCAAGACGAGAUACGCUUCUCUGAGGCGAAGAUGCCGCAAACCAAAUCUCACGCUGGAAUGGCACACGGGUGAGUCAAUACCCUGGGGUCAACUUCAACGACUAGAGAAGAUCGUGCAUUGGGAUCUAGCCCAAUUCAACAGACGCUACAAAUGCAAUUGUGGCGCGACACAUACCGAGUGGUUCGACGUCGAGAUUCGAGAGGCGAAGCGAACGGUGGAGAUGUGGCUUCGAUAUCAGCGGAUGAGGGUAGACGUAACAACUCAGGACCUUGAGCGCUUGAGGACAGGAUUUCCGAAGGAGGAAGGAAAUACGUGGCUAGGCGUGCGGACGCUGAACCACGUCAAGCGGUGUGAGUAUUGGCAUUGGAAACUAUUCGGCGAGAUGUAUGAUGAGGCGUUUUGCGAGGAAUGA